AUGGCAUCUCAUCAAAGCGUGCAGUUUUGCAUUAGCGACGCUAUUGUCGUUUGGAGGGCCUGUGUUCUAUGGCAAGAUCACAAGAAAUUGAUCACUGUCCAUCUGGUACUUCUGAGUUGUGCUAUUGCUAUAAACCUUGUAAACACAGGGCUGCUGCUCACGAAUGUGGUUUUGCAGUCUGAUUAUCUAUUAGACAUCACAGGUUACCUACAACAAGUGAGCUGGCCACUUGCUCUCGUGACAAACAUGGUGGCCACCUCGUCCAUUACAUACAAAGCAUGGCAGUCCAUCCGUCAAAAUACCGUCAGUCACCGUCGAACUGCUGUUGAGAAGAUCAUGAUUGUGUUCAUUGAGUCGGGCACAUUUUACUGUGUAAUAUGGAUCGCGUUAAUCGCGAGUGAGCGUCUCGGUGUCGCUAAUGGCCAGCCAGCGACCCAUAUGUCCACACCCACAAUGAUGCAGCUCGCAGGUAUUUAUCCAACACUCAUCAUCAUCUUUGUUGCACGCCAGAAGACUGUGUCGGAUAUGAGUGGUCAUUCAGGUCAUGGUAUCUCGAGCACGUCAGCCUUCGCUGCCGCCCCAGCAAACCGAAUCGCUUCCACGGUGGCAUCGCACCUUGACACUAAUGGUGUCGGGGAUGUGCAUGUGCAUGGCUCGGUAUCUCUCGAAUUAAGAUCAUCCGCCAGUAUGGGGGUACAGGAGGGGACGAGGGGAGGCAAGUCCAAGGAAAUGGUUGUAAGCGUUGAGGAAGAUAUGGCAUUGUCGGUGUGAUCAUGAUUGUGAGAGCUCAUAGAUACCACGUGUACAGCGUGAGCAUACUAGUCGUUGAUUCAAUGUCGUGCUGAGUCGAGAUGAGGGAAGCGAGUUGACCGCAGGCUAUGGCUAAUGACAGGGCGCUUUCUGGGCGUGUUAGAAGACCUCCUUUCAUACAAUCUAGAAUAGAAUUGUGAAUCUCGAGAACCC